AGAGCGCUUAGAUCGAGAAAGUCAGGUCUCCAUGUCUGAAGAACGACUGACCGCAGGGCUUCCAUAGACGAAUUAGGAAUUCCAACUCCACCGUCGCUUCAGCUCGGAGAUUUCGCCGCCGGCUGUAAAUGAAUCCUAGCAAAAUCGAGGACGAUCUCUUCCACAAUCUCCGUCCUCCUCCUCCACCGCCGCCGCCGCCGCCUCACUUGGAGGACUUCAUCGACCCCCACCACUCUCAGUCCCAACCCUCGAUCGACGACGACGCGUUCUCGCUCGCAGAAAUCGACCUCUUCCGAGACGAUGAAGACGACGACGACGCAAGCCAUACCUCCUCCGAUGCUGAAAUCCACCUCGCCCCCGCAGACGACGUCGUUCCUUUCCCGAACCCUAAUUUACCGAAUCCAGCGGCGGUCAGCCACAGCAAGAGGCGAAUUCAUCACCCACCGUUCCGCAUUAGCCCCGAGCCGCAUAUUUCCUCCCAAUUCUACACCUUCAACAAGGAGACGCACGCGCUGAUGACUCAAUGCUUAAUCGAGGGCAGAUUAGCGACGCCGGACGAAAUUCGAACCGCCACGCCGGCGUCGGUGCUCUCCAGUUGGCGCUCGGUGUGGAAGGAUCGGAAUGAGGACACUGCCUACUUGACGGCGUGGAAACGCAUCCAGGACAAGCUCACCGUCCACUUAUCGGAGUCCACUGCCUGCGGCAUAAUUGGUAACAGUAACAGCAGCCAUUUCCUUUGUUUCAAGAACAAUACCAAUCAGUUCGUUUCGCAUGUUGAUCAGUGGCAAGAUAUAGUCAUGUCCUUCCAUGGAGAUGCUGAUUUUAAGCACCUAGGGUUGAAAGAAACCAUAGAAAGAAUUAAGCAGGUGUGGACUGUAGGAGCCAAGUUGUAUGGCAUACCUGAGAGCUAUAUCAGAACUUGUGUUUCGGCUUGCCCUGUUUGCUCCGACUCAUCGUCCGGGUGCGCUCCGAGGUCGAAGAGGCGUAGGUUUGAGUACACUGAGUCCUUAGACGUGCCGGCGAAGGAAGUUCCUGUAAGAUUGCAGCAAUUGGCUAUGAAACAUAAGGUCGUGUUGUGUAUUCGGCAGAAGUAUAUUAGGUACAAGCCGUUUAUGGCAGAGGUUAAGGAUUAUGCUUGUCAUAGGGCAGGAGAGCCGGCAUCCUCGAAGAAAUCAAGGAUACUUAAGAGGGAGCCGUAUACCUCGAAAAGGUGUGGAUGUGGGUUUCGUAUACGGGCGAUUGUUCCAAUAACGAAUUAUAAUGAGAAGGAUAAAACUUUUGUGUACGAGGAAGAAGGGACGGCUGUGUUUAAGCUUUAUGCUGUGCAUUCGGGACAUGAACCGGGGCCAUUGGAUGGCAAUGCAAGGAUUAUGCAUCGAAUGGUUGGGCAUAAGGGGGGUUUACUGAUGGAUCAAGAUAUUGUGUAUGGGAUGGCUGAGGAUGGGGAGAAUGAGGGUUUUGGGAUCUUGGUAAAGGAUUCGGGAGAUAUGCGGCAUUCGGUUUUGCAGCAAUUACAGGAGUUGAAAAAUGAGGUGGGGUUUCUUGAGGGUAGGAUUGGGAAAAUGCCACCCCAUCAUUUGGGUUCUGUGUCACGUGAGCUCUUUGAUAUGUUGAUUAAGCUUAGAAAUAUUCCAGAUUACGGACCAAGAUCAGUUGGGUUGGUAUCUGAAAAGCAGCGUCUGGAUGACAUGUUGGUGGUGGAACAUGAUUUGCCUGACUGGGGCGAUGAUCAUCACACGAGGAUCUAUGGGGAUGGUAAGGAUGCAGAUGUUAUUGAAGACGACGAGGACAGUUUUGGAAGAACUCUUGGGGAGGUUGCAUCUUGGGAUCAGUUGAGUUCAGGAUGCCGGACCGAGAAGAAUUUUCUUGGUGAAAGUUGUAAAGAAGUGAAAUGGUUGAAAUGUGGUGACUUUGAUCAGAAAGGGAUUUUUGACUGCAGUAACCCGAAGCUGACCAAACCUCUAAGGCCUGACGAUUCGAUAGAUCAGGAUGUAGGCCUUGCCGGAAUAAAUGUAGAUGGCUUUUAUCCGGAAAAUCCAAAAUGGUUUGAUUCUCCCUGUGGACUCGACCCUGGACCCGACUGUAGUGAUGGUGGAUUCCAACAUGGGGGGAUUGUGUAGAAAUCAUUCAUCCCGGUGAACCCACACUAACUUAAUUCUGAUUUUUUUCUUUUUUCCGAUGCCAUUCAUCUUGACUCACUGUUGGAAAUGUCUUGUACAUUUUUUGUACACUGCUUGAAGUCUCUCAUGAUCACAGUAGUUUCUGUAGUGGUUCUUUUAGGUGUCCUUAUUGUGUGAGAAAUUUGUAUAAUAUAAGCCAUUUGGCAUCUUUGCACAUACUUCAAAUGGACCGUGUGUUGACCUUGUUCCACUAUGAAUUUCAAUCUUGGAGUUACGGGGUUGUUUUGCA